GAUGAUUCUUCGUAAAUCUGUUACUUCGGCACACUAUAACGGCAACGACAAUUCCCGCUUGCCAUCGUUUUGAAAUUGCGACGAGUUUGGAGAACCAAACACAGCAAUAAUAAUCCAUGCAAAAUUCCAAUCCACUUCACAGUGACACUACAGACUAGAAGAAAAGUCCAAAGAAAUCGAUCAUGGAUCCAAUUUCCGACCUCUCUCUCUUAGAAAUCUCCGGGGAAGACGAUUCUCUUCUCCUCUCCGACGCUUCCACUUCCGCCAACCUUUUCUCAUGUUCUCCUCUCGUUUCCCUCAGAUCUCGACCUCGUCAAAUCAAGGGAAGUGAAAGUGAUGGUGUUGAUUCUGAAGAUGUGAUUUCGUCUCCCAAAGAUAGUGCGAACAAAGAGAACGCGAAUUGUAUUAAACCGGAAGCACCGAAGCUUAACGUGGAGCCUCAACAGAUGAAAAGGAAGAAGAAAUUAGGCGGUUACAACUUGCGCAAGAGUUUAGCAUGGGAUCGAGCUUUCUUCACUGAACAAGGUGUUUUGAAUCCGUUGGAGCUUUCUAUGAUCAGUGGCACUGCUACUCCAAAUGCAAAGUCGAAUUUGGAUGUUAUUGAUGAAGAAGAACCCGCUUUGACUUCGUCAGCGUUGCAGGAAAUCGAAGAAAAUUUGUUUAAGCAAUCAUCGGAAGGUGUUCCUAUUAGAGAUAAAAAGAUUGGUGCUGGUUCUGGCUUAUCUCCAAAGCCUGGUGCAUUGAUCAAACAAACACCACCCCGUGCUUCCUUGGCAAAGCGGAAAGUGAUUGCAGCCAACGAUGUUGGAAAUAGGUCGAAGCGCAGUGCUUUUCCAAGGCCGGCACCUUCAUCAUCACUAAAAAGAACCGGCACCGUUACAACACCGAGUAAAGAGACAAAAAUCACUAGGAUACCAGGACCAAAAUCCAAUGUUUCUGCAAAUGCAACAACCACGAGAAGUGGAAUAUUGAGCUCAGGUUCCGCAAAGAGAAAUCAGAAUGCACAUCUUGCCACUAAUGCUCAGACGUCUGCUGGAGUAAAAGGCCAGUCAAAAAUUCCUAGAACUGUGCCAAUCAUCCCAAAGUUUGAUCUGGCUAAUAAAUAUUCUGUUACUAGAACUCUUACCAAGCAGGAUGGAAAACAUUUGGACAAUUCAGUUUCAAAAACAUGUCCACCAUCCAGACUCCAUCAAACAGGAAGUGGAGCAAAUAAGGUGUCUGGAGGUUGUAUCCCUCAAGGAGUUCCUGACACCGGUAACAAAAAGCAACAAACACUGUUGCAAACAACAAAGUCGUCAGGCCUAAGGAUGCCAUCUCCCUCACUUGGAUACUUCUCUCAGGCAAAAGCUUCCAAUUCUCAAGGCCAAUUGCAGAAAAGCUCUAUACCUUGCAAACCUUCUGCGAGUAACAUUCCUAAACCAAGGAAGUUGGAAACAAUUGCUGUUAAAGAGGCAAGGUCCAAAAUUGUUGAAGAAGCCACAAAUAAUUGUACUAAGGAGUUAAGCAUUUCAGAUGUAAAGUCAGAACCAAGCAUGCAAAUAGAUAAUAAGCAGAUGGCUGGCUUAGAAGUGGAAUGUUAUUCUUUGGGGUUCGAGAAAAUAAGUAAGCAAGCAGAGGUUAUAAACAUUCUCAAGCAUGUCAACUUGAAAUCUAAGGAGCAAAGAGAACUACAUGAAAAUGAGAAAGUUUCUAGCAUGGUAUUCCCUACACAUGAAAAGGAAGUGUUUACAAAGAGUCGCACACAUGAGCAGUUGGAGAAAGAGGCUGACCACACUCUUGAUGACAAAUUCAAUGAUGUUUUAUCAAAUGGGGAUCAGUCUUUAUAUCAGCAACCACAGUCUAUGCACUGUUUUAUCACGCAGAGCACUUCAAGUAAUAUUUCAAAUACUGUGCAUAAUGCUAUAGCACAAGAUGAAGAUGACCAAAUCAAAGGGCCCACUUGUGACAUUCUGACUUUCAAGGAAAGUGUGGUACUACAGGAAGAGCAUGGAACUUCUUUUAAGGACAGUAGACAUUCUGGAGAGUUUAAGGAAUACAAUAGUGUCAAGACUGCACUUUCAAAUUCUAGCCUUAAUGAUUUUAGCAAAACUGUCCCAGUAAGAUUUAUACAAGGAACCCCAUGUAAGAAUACUGAAUCGGUAAAUGGUGGUGCUGGUGAAUUUGGUAGAUGUGGAGGAGAUGGACAAGUGCAUUUAUUGAAUGAGGGUCUCUCAAUCAAUUGCAAUGAGACAUCACAAAGUAAUUUAGAGGCAGUUAAUCAGCAGUUACAGGGGGGACAACUCAAGGCGCCACAUCCUAGUAUUGUAGGAGAUACUGGGUCAGAAAAGGAAAAUGAAUCUGAUAUGAAUAGUUGUCAGCCAGUUCAUGUGACAACCUUAUUUUCCAAAGGUGCUCCUGAAAAGUCUAUACUAGAAAUCAAUGGUGCUUCUGAGAAUGAAUCAAAAAUAACUGAAAUCAAAGACUGUCAGCUUCCAGUAGACAGUCAAUCAUGUUUCAUCCCGAGAAGACCAAUGGAUGAAGAGUAUGACCAAGUUAUUGACUCAAAAGAAAUUCAUGAUAGAACUCAGGAGUUUGAAUUGGAUAGGUUGAGUGAAGAUUGUAGAACUGUUUCAGCAGCUUCUUGCUGCACUAAUGUAACUAAUGUUUCUCCGGAAAGAAGACCUUUUCCUGAGAAUAAUGUAAAAAAUCUUCACUUAACACCUGAAAUAUGUCCAACGGUAAAUGAUGAUUGUGAUAAUAUGCCAAUUAAGAACAGCAGUACCACUCCUCAAUCGCAGAUUAGAGAUGACAAUUUUUCUAUGGAUACUUCAAUACACUGCGAGGUUCAGUGUGAUGUCUCUGGAAACCUUGAGCAACAAGCUAGUAUACUUACAUAUCCUGAAAUUAAUGAAAUUCCUUGGAAAAAUGAGAGUCUAGUGCCAAAUCAUGACCACUUGCUUCAUCAGAGUGAGUUUGCUGAAGUUUGUGCAGAUGUAAUUUCAAAUACCGAAAAUUCUGACUGCAGUAGAGCUGAAAAUUCCUCUUGCCUUUUACAGCAUACUCCACUGACUCAAUCAGUCCAAGAGUUUGAUCACACUUACAAAGAGAUUGAAGAAUCACACGAGGAAGAUGCACAAACGCAAUCCUUUAAUGAAAAUCCGGAAGCAUACGACUGCAGCAGUAAACACUGUCUUGCAGUUACUAAUGACCAGUUUGCAUUGUCAGAUUGUAAUAAUAUAAAUGAAGAUUCUCAUCUUCCUGAGUUUCAAAAGCCUAGUGCUGUGGUUGCUCAAGAUUCCCAGAAUGUUGAUAACAUACUGCACUUGGAUAGUGACUGUUUGCCAACAAUUAUUGUUUCAUGUGCAGAAAUCAAGGAACAAAAUUUAGUUAAGGGCGCAUUUGAAGGAUGCAGGUUCGACAAAAAUGAGCAUGAUGCUUCUAAUCAUCACACUUACAGAAAGAUUGAGGAAUCACAUGAGGAAGAUUCACAAGGCCAAUCCUUUAUUGAAAACCCUAUAGCAUACGACUGCAGCAGUAAACACUGUCUUGCAGUUACUAAUAUUAUAAAGGAAGACUCUCAUCUUCAUGAGUUUCAAAAGCUUAGUGCUGUUGUUGCUCUAGAUUCCCAGUUUGUUAAUAACAUACUGCAGGUAGACAGUGACUGUCUGCCAACAAAUAUUGCUUCAUCUGCAGAAAUCAAGGAACAAAAUUUAGUUGAUGGUGCAUUUGAAGGAUGCAGGUUCCAUACCAAGGAGAACGAUGCUUCCAAUAGUAAUAUUCAGGAUAUGCCUGAAAACAAAGAUGGAAAUGAUUUUGUGGAUGAAAGGAUGGAGCUUUUGCAAAUUGAUGGUGCGGAAGAAGGUUCUUCCGACAUAUUGCCUUUAGUUGAAGUUCAACUCAAUGAUAAUGUUAUUUCUGCUGAAUUUGAUUCUUCCAUUGAAGUGAGUGAAGAUCCCUUUACAAGUAUAGUUGCUUGCGAAUCUGAGGAUCAAUGCUUUUUAAGUGAAAAAUCGAAGUUGCUAGCUUCAGAUAAUCCAACCUUUGAUGCAACAAUCCCACAUGGCAGCGAAGUUAGUUCUGGUGCAUUUGAAGGAUGCAGGUUCCAUACCAAGGAGAACAAUGCUUCCAAUAGUCAUAUUCAGAUUAUGCCUGAAAACAAAGAUGAAAAUGAUUUUGUGGAUGAAAGGAUGGAGCUUUUGCAAAUUGAUGGUGCGGAAGACGGUUCUUCAGACAUAUUGCCUUUAGUUGAAGUUCAACUCAAUGAUAAUGUUAUUUCUGCUGAAUUUGAUUCUUCCAUUGAAGUGAGUGAAGAUCCCUUUACAAGUAUAGUUGCUUGCGAAUCUGAGGAUGGAUGCUUUUUAAGUGAAAAAUCGAAGUUGCUAGCUUCCGAUAAUCCAACCUUUGAUGCAACAAUCCCACAUGGCAGCGAAGUUAGUUCUGGUGCAUUUGAAGGAUGCAGGUUCCAUACCAAGGAGAACGAUGCUUCCAAUAGUCAUAUUCAGAUUAUGCCUGAAAACAAAGAUGGAAAUGAUUUUGUGGAUGAAAGGAUGGAGCUUUUGCAAAUUGAUGGUGCGGAAGAAGGUUCUUCAGACAUAUUGCCUUUAGUUGAAGUUCAACUCAAUGAUAAUGUUAUUUCUGCUGAAUUUGAUUCUUCCAUUGAAGUGAGUGAAGAUCCCUUUACAAGUAUAGUUGCCUGUGAAUCUGAGGAUCAGUGCUGUUUAAGUGAAAAAUCGAAGUUGCUAGCUUCAGAUAAUCCAACCUUUGAUGCAACAAUCCCACAUGGCAGCGAAGUUAGUUCUGGUGCAUUUGAAGGAUACAGGUUCCAUACCAAGGAGAAUGAUGCUUCCAAUAGUCAUAUUCAGGAUAUGCCUGAAAACAAAGAUGGAAAUGAUUUUGUGGAUGAAAGGAUGGAGCUUUUGCAAAUUGAUGGUGCAGAAGAAGGUUCUUCAGACAUAUUGCCUUUAGUUGAAGUUCAACUCAAUGACAAUGUUAUUUCUGCUGAAUUUGAUUCUUCCAUUGAAGUGAGUGAAGAUCCCUUUACAAGUAUAGUUGCUUGCGAAUCUGAGGAUCAAUGCUUUUUAAGUGAAAAAUCGAAGUUGCUAGCUUCAGAUAAUCCAACCUUUGAUGCAACAAUCCCACAUGGCAGCGAAGUUAGUUCUGGUGCAUUUGAAGGAUGCAGGUUCCAUACCAAGGAGAACAAUGCUUCCAAUAGUCAUAUUCAGAUUAUGCCUGAAAACAAAGAUGAAAAUGAUUUUGUGGAUGAAAGGAUGGAGCUUUUGCAAAUUGAUGGUGCGGAAGACGGUUCUUCAGACAUAUUGCCUUUAGUUGAAGUUCAACUCAAUGAUAAUGUUAUUUCUGCUGAAUUUGAUUCUUCCAUUGAAGUGAGUGAAGAUCCCUUUACAAGUAUAGUUGCUUGCGAAUCUGAGGAUCAAUGCUUUUUAAGUGAAAAAUCGAAGUUGCUAGCUUCAGAUAAUCCAACCUUUGAUGCAACAAUCCCACAUGGCAGCGAAGUUAGUUCAGUGAACAGUAGAAGUUUUUCAGAUGUAGCUGAAACUAAUAUCAUCAUUGAGAAUGAAAAGUUUCCUAAUACUAACAUGCCGUGUCAGACAAAAGACAUCAUUGACUUACCGGAGGACAAUAGCAAAAUAAUUCAUCUCGAGAAAUCUCCAAAGAGAAGCAGGCAGGAAAUUCCUGCAGUGAAGACUGUGAAGCCUCCACCAAAUGCUGCUCCAUUUACCGAGGAAUGGUUAGCUGCAAUAGAAGCCGCAGGAGAGGAGAUUUUAACGAUGAAAAGUGGUGCUGUUCAAAAUUCUCCCCCUGACAAGGCUCAGCCUGAACCGAGCCCUUGGUCACCGGUGAAGAAAAAUCAAGCAAUUGGACCAUUUGAUUGUACCAAACACAACAUCCAGCAUUCCACCAGUCCGUCAUGACAAAUCUGGGAUUUGAUCAUACAUGUCAUUAAUCACUAACCUUUUUUUUUUUUUGCAUGAAUCAAUUCUUCAACAGCUUUAGAAGUUAGAACACGACGUUCUACGGAGCAUAGUGCUGCGCGGGUAGAAUUAACCACCUGCCACAGUUAUGCGUUACUCUGGAGAUGCUUAUAAAUAAUAUUAAACAGAUUGAUCUCAAAUUGUAAAUGAUAUUUUUUUGUACUGGUUUCACCUUUUUUUUAUAUGAAUUUUUUUCCUGAGUUCCCCACGAGGUAUAAGAUGUGAUACUAUUAAUCUACAUGAAGUUCCAUUUAACUCGAUAUAGCUCUUUCAUCA